CCGCUAAAUUCUCGCUGUAUGUCUUUGUCUUUGCUUUUACUUUCCUCGUUCAGUGAGAGGACCAAAAAUUGAUUGCAGAGUCGCACAUGAACCUCAAACUUCUCUCUCCUUUUUCCAGAGUACAUCAGAAUCGUUAAAACACGACGCCUUCUCAUAGACAAGAAGCUGCUUAUUCCUCUUGCCCUAAUUAAGCUACCCAACUAGGGGAGAAGGAUCAAGAAUCAAGAAAUAGAUUGAGCUGGCGAAUAAACAGUGGUGGGAUAGGGAAUUAGUAGAUGCGGCGGCGAUGGAAGGCGGUUACGAGCAAGGCGGUGGAGCUUCUAGGUACUUCCAUAACCUCUUCAGACCAGAGAUUCACCACCAGCAGCUUCAACAACAAGGCGGGAUCAAUCUUUUUGACCAGCAUCAUCAACAGCAACAACAUCAGCAGCAACAACAACAACCGUCGGAUGAUUCAAGAGAAUCUGAUCACUCAAACAAGGAUCAUCAUCAACCGGGUCUACCCGAUUCAGACCCGGCUACAUCAAGCUCAGCACCUGGGAAACGUCCACGUGGACGUCCACCGGGAUCUAAGAACAAAGCUAAGCCACCGAUCAUAGUCACGCGCGAUAGCCCCAAUGCGCUUAGAUCUCACGUCCUUGAAGUAUCUCCUGGAGCUGACAUAGUUGAGUGUGUGUCCACUUACGCUAGGCGGAGAGGGAGAGGGGUCUCCGUUUUAGGAGGAAACGGCACCGUUUCUAACGUCACUCUUCGUCAGCCAGUCACUCCCGGAAAUAGCGGUGGUGGAGCCGGAGGAGGAGGAGUUGUGACUUUACAUGGAAGGUUUGAGAUUCUUUCGCUAACGGGAACCGUUUUGCCACCACCCGCACCGCCAGGUGCUGGUGGUUUGUCAAUAUUUCUAUCCGGUGGGCAAGGUCAGGUGGUUGGGGGAAGCGUUGUGGCUCCGCUUGUUGCAUCAGCUCCGGUUAUACUAAUGGCUGCUUCCUUCUCAAAUGCGGUUUUCGAGAGAUUGCCUAUUGAAGAGGAAGAAGAAGGAGGUGGUGGAGGAGAAGAAGGACCACCGCAGAUGCAACAAGCUCCAUCACCAUCUCCGCGGUCGGGGGUGACCGGCCAGGGACAGAUAGGAGGUAAUGUGGGUGGUUAUGGGUUUUCCAGUGAUCCUCAUUUGCUAGGAUGGGGAGCUGGUACGCCUUCAAGACCACCUUUUAAUUAAUCUACAUUAUUGUCAUCGGAAAUUAUGUGUGUGUUUUUUUUUUUUUGUGGAGCCGUCGUCUUUUAAUUUGGGAUCUUUGUAUUUAGUUGAUAUGCAUAUUUGAGUUCUCAUGUUUCUUAAUUUCUUUCUUUCUCUUCUCAUCUUUGAUAGGAUAUUUUGACGUUAGAGGAAUGCAUAUUUGUCCCUCGUGUACUUGUUAGAAAAACCUUGCCAUAUAUGUCUUUGUUUGAUUCAUUGCUAGGGCUUCGUGCUGUACUUUAUACCUAUUAAUUUGCUCAACUGGACAUAUAUAUAGGUAGAUUUAAUAACAAGUACGAUUCUUGUAAGCUUUUUUUUAGGUUUACGCCAUAUUCUUGAUGGCAUAUAGGUGCUGGUACAUUGAUCUCAGAAGGUACUUGAUAUGAAUAUUUUAUACAAUUCCCUAUAAUUAUAGUGUAAUUUAUAGUUUUUGAAGUUUAUAUCAACGCAUAGGCCGACACUAUUUCCCCUAACUAUUUGCAGUACAAUGCACUUUCACUUCAACAUUUUUUAAAAACUUCAAUGUAUUAUAUAUUUAAGGAUAAACAAUAGCUUACAUAUUAGAUGAUAGAUCAAAAUGUUUCAUCGCUCGACACUCGUUUCCUAAACGUUUACAUAUCUUCUAGCUUCUAUAUAUUUAUCUUCUAAAUUCAGCACUUGACUGAUGGAGCAUCUUAUAGUUCUCUUGUAUAGUUUAUGGUCUUAACUAGAUGUCUAAUUUGGUUAUUUGAGCAAAUGCCCAAUCAAUCUCUCAAUUAGUCUUACCGUCUAAGAAAAAAAACUACACAUAUACUUGGAGUGCCCAUGUUAUAAUGCUAUCUGUUCGAACAUUCGAGUUACUUACUUACUUGCAUGCAUAAAAUAUAUGCAUUAAUGCUCCAGUGAGACCAAUCAUUUCUAAGAGAGUUGUAAAUCGAUCCAACGCCAUUGUAGACGCUAGGUUGACCAUACGUAGCUCUGAACAAACUGUAGGUCAUAUAUAUUUAUGCUGCUCAUGUUACAAUGAUAUCAUAGUUUUGGGUGUGAGAUUAUAAACCCCAUGUGUCUGAACCAACAAUUCAAAUAUAUUAAUUAUUAUGGUUUUGUAUCGGUUUCACUACAAGAAAAUAGCUCUAUUGCAACGGAAAACUUGUAACGUCCAUUUUUGUUGAUAAUUUGCUAUGAUUAUUGCAAUAUUUUUGCAAUAAUGAAUAUUUGUUACAGUUUUAUUACAAAUUUAUUGCAAAAUAACAACUAUAACAGACUUUGCAUGUUUUUGUUACUAAAUUGCAACCUUUGGCAACAUAAACAAACAUCUUGUGAAUUUUGCAAGAAACAUGCAACACUUUUGAGUCAUUGCUAAUUUGCAAAGAAUUUUUUUUAAAAUAUGUGGCAAAAAAUUGUGACAGUAAUUACAUUUUUAUUAUAAGUUUUUUUAGAAAAAAAAUGAAUGGUUUUCGCAUAUUAAUUACAAGAAAUAUAUAAUAUAUAUUUAUAUUGUAUAUUUAAACAUGUAUACUAUAUUUUAAAGUUUCAGAUUCUUGAGAUUUGUUAACAGUUUUGUGUUAUGAAUUUUAUUUUGUUUUGGUCUAAUAUGCUAUGGUUUACCUAUUCAUAUUAAAAAAAAAGGAAAUUAGACAAAAUAAUCAAUAUUUACAUAUUCUGUCAACGAUAAUUAUAAAAUAACUAUGCUAUAGUAAUGUUGACAAAAAAAACUAUGCUAUAUGACAAAAAAAGUUUAUAAGCGUUAUUUUUAUCUGUUCUUUUUAUUUUUCCUUCAACACAUAAAGAUAGGUCCAAGGUCUUUAUCAAAAAAAAAAAAAAAAUUGUAUGACUCAACAAUGGAUAAAGGUGUACGCAUAAACAAAUAUGGGAUCGUUGAUGUUAAUCGAUCUAGACGAUACGGAAAAUAUGAUCAGUUUAUUUUUGCUAGCCAAGCAGACCAGGUAUGUUUUAUACCAUAUCCUCGCCUAAGCCAAAAGAACAGUUACAAUGAAGAUGCAACCAAGAGGAAAAAUUAUAUGCACUGAGGAAUUGGAUCCGAGUCAUUACAAUACGAGAGUGAUAAUACAAUUAUUGUGGCUGAUCCAUUUAUCACAGUCGAUGGUUUAGCUGACAAACAAGAACAGUUUGUCAACCUGCAUGAUGUUCUUAAUGAGGAACUAAACUCGGAACAAGAUGAUGUAGUAUCUAAAGAUUCUCAAUCAACAGAAGACAAUUCAUACUGCUGAGACGUCAAGACAUGAAGAAGUCAAGACGUCAAGACGUGAAACUGCAAUGAGGAGAUGACAAAUCCUCUUUUUAUUCUUUAGUUUUCUUACCUUGACAUCUUGAUUAUUACCAACUGUUCCUACUGCUUAAGAACUUAAAAUCA